GCUAAUUAUUGGCAUACAUUUUACCAUGCAAUUACUUUAGAACGUCGUGAUAUUCGACUGCUUUGUAAACAGUGAUCUGUUCAUGGUAAAAUAUCCUAUAACUUUUUAAUUACUAACGGAACAUCAUUGAUACUUGGCAACAUGUUGGAGACACUUACAAGGUUUGUGUAAACGUGAAAAUCUAUACCCCAAACUGCAUACUUUAAGAACUAAGACCUAAUAAGUGUAUUUUACGUUUAUAUUUUUAUCUUUUAAACCCUACGACUUUUUCUAAAUCUGUUUUUUAAACAAAUAUAAACAAAUUCAAAACAACGUACCUAUGUAAAAAUCUACAGCUCUCCAUGUAAGCGCUUUAUAUGAAAACUAGCUAACGGCCAAACGUUCGCGUAGCGGAAACUUGAAUUUCUCCGAAGUUUAUGCAUGCACUGAUUUCAUUCAUACAUAAUCAAUUAUACACAAAUACACACUAAUUUUCGGACACAUCUCUUUUCUUCUAAAGUCUAUGGAUUAAAAAAAGUUCCGCCAGGACAACGUUCGCCAACGUUCGCCCAGCGGAAUCUGUUUUUGGUGAAUUUCUCCACAAUGGCUGCAUACACAAAUUUUUAUUUACCAUACACAAUUAUAGGGCGUCUUACACUAAUUAUCUGCAUAAUUAAAAUCUUUAAAUUCAACAACAUUCCGCUGCGCGAACGCACACGUUUUCUCCUUCCAUACUCUUCUAUCCACCCGCGCCGUUAUCUCACAAGUAAUAUUCUUUCUAUCAUUAGCUAUCCAUAUCGAUUUCUCAAUUUUUAUUCUGUGCCUCAUUCUGAAAUUUAUUAAAAGUUGCAAAUUCUUUUUUCAAAUUAUCUCAAUAAAUUUGAUAGACGUGAUUCAUUGUCAUAUUUUGAUGUUUAACUCAAAUAAAUGAUUUUUAUUUCGUAUACACAUGGACACAUAAAUCUACACCACAAUGGGCCGAAUGAGCGGAAUUAAAUGGGAAAAAGCCACACAAUGUCGACCUGUUCACAACAUAAUUUCUUCAGAUUUCCCUAAAUACAAUCCUCAACCGUGGAAGUUCAUGGAAGGUAGAACUCGUAUUGAAUUCUUACUCUCAUAUGAAUACCAGAGGAUGUGGAUGGAAGAAAUUGAAGGUUGGAAAAAGCGAAUGUAUCCUGAAAACACUACGGUCAACGUUGAUAUUGUGAAGCGUUAUGUUUUGACUUUCAAAACAGAUCAUCAACCUCCGAAGCCAGAAAAAAAGAAACCAUUUAAAAUGAAAAAAUAUGAAGGUAUAAAAAGCAAAACUGAAACUAAACGUCCCUUAGAUGAUAAAGCAAUGAGGGAACAAGAUUCUGCCAAUGAAAAAAGAAAUGUCAAGACGGAAACAAACUAAAGUAACCAAUUUGAGUAUUGUAUUUAACAAUCCUGUAGACCAUAGUCGUAAAUUGAUUGCAAUAUAAAAACAAUACUUCUUAACAA